AAAACAAAAAAGACUUGAUGAAGUCGACCUUUUUAUGGUCUUCUCGACUCCUAAUAACCAGACCAUUCUCCUCUACCCUUGAAACAGUUGAACCAUAGAAGGGAAAAGAGGAAGAGAAAGGGGAUCUCAAAGAGGAGUUCUGAAAUGGCUGAUCAAAAUCAAAUUGAAGAGUACCUAGUAGAGAAACUCAAGAAAACACUUGAAGAACUAGCGAGGGGAGAGAAACAUCUCCCAGCCAGACUAGCUAAUCUCUAUAAAAAAUUCAAGGAUUUGAAGAAAUCACUUGGAGGUCCAAACCAGAAAGUACUAAAGCCAAGGGAAAAGCUCUACAAGCUCGACAACUUGUUGAGCGAGUGGAGAAUUCACUCGAAGAAGAAGAACCAUUACUCCUGGGAAUCCCUUUGCUUUGUUCGCAAUUACGGAAAGGAGUUGAAAAAUAUCGCAAAGGAACUCGAUGAUACUGCUUCGACCGGAGGAACUGGAGAUUUACCGGCUAGCAAUGGACCCGUCUCGCGCAAAGAAGUUGAAGAUUUUCGAUGGAGCGAUCGAUUUGUGGACGAAAAUAAGGUUCAUGGGAUUCACGACAAGGCCAUAUCCCUUAAGAAAUUCCUCGUUUCGGGGAGAGAAAACAACGAUCGUCGGUUUAGUAUGAUUGGAAUCGUUGGGAUGAGAGGAGUGGGAAAGACGACGCUAGCCCAGGUGGUUUUCAACAAGCCGGAAGUGAAGAAACACUUCCUUCCGAGAAUCUGGGUGUGCGCGUCGAAACAACCAGAGGACGAUUUUGAUCGUCGAAUCGAGAUUGUAAAGAGAAUGCUGAUGUGUCUUGGUGUCGAAGAAAAGAUCAUCGAGUCGGCCCGCCAACACGGGCUUAAAGGGUUUCUCUUCGCUCUUCGCCUGCAGUUAACGGGCAAGAGGUACCUGAUUGUACUAGAUGAUGUGUGGUGCAAAGAAGAGAUGUACGAGGAGUUCUCUACAAAUUUCUGUUCGUCUUUGGAGGCAGACGAAAACAAAUGUAGCGAAAAGCUCGCCUACGGAUUGCCAAAAGGGUACGGGGGAGCGGUUAUCGUAACCAGUAGGAUUGAGAAAUUAGUGAUAAAAAUGGUGGGUGAGGAGAACUUGCAUAUAGUCAAGCCGCUUAAAGAUCCCAAGGACUGCUGGAAGAUUUUCAAAGAUUCAGCUGGGCAAAUUGACGAAGAAGUGGCAGAGGAUCAGAAAGCGAAGACCGUAGAGGAUACUGACUCUGCUAAUGGGCAUGUUGACCAGCAGGAGGAGGAUCCGAUUGAAGUGAAUUCUGCCUCUGCUAAUGGGCAUGUUGACCAACAGGAGAAGGAUCAGAUUGAAGAGAAUUCUGCCAAUUCUGCCUCUGCUAAUGGGCAUGUUGACCAGCAGGUACAGGAUCAGAUUGAAGAGAAUUCUGCCUCUGCUAAUGGGCAGAAUUCUAACAUACAGGAGAAGGAGGAGGAGGAUCCAAUUGAAAGAGAGUUUAAGGAACUGAAAGAGAAGAUUAUAGAGAAGUGCGCCGGGCUUCCGUUGGCUGCAAGAAUGAUGGGGGAGAUUGCUCGUGAAUCGGAUCAUCAAAGAACAAGAAGAGUACCGGCCGAGAGUCCUCAGAGGGAGCAACAACAGGUUGUGGAAAACCCAGGAGUACCCGAGAGUACCCAGAGCGAUGAGCAACACCGCCAGGAGGAUUGAAGCGGAUGGCGAAGCUUGAUUGAAGAAUAGGGGUUGUUGAUUUGGUUGUCAUUUGUUUCUUUUGUUGUUUGUAGUGGUAGUUGGUUUUCUGUAUGGCUAGCUCUUGGGAUGUCCAAGAACAUAUUCUUGUUUUUUCCAACUGUUUGGAAUCUGUUCGUGUUUCAUCUUUUGAAAUGCCUGAAUUCUUGUAUUAUCCAGGAAUGAUAAAGAAGGAAAUGGGGUAAAGAAACGAAAUAUCUAGGUUAUUUGAAUGAGGAUCGCUACUUGACUUGUA